GCCGCUUCCGGGGCUCUCUCCUCGCCACCGCGCUGGGCAGUGGUGCCUGAGACCGUGCCUCGAUCAAUGGACUAGGAGAAGGAAGGAGGUACAUAGUUCAUCCAGGUACUCUCAGGAGGCAACCCGCCGCGGCACUGCGCGGUCCAGCGCGCGGUCCAGCCCGCAGUCCGCAGAACCCGGACGCUUGCUGCUCUCUGGCGGCCGGAACCGGGAGACCUGGGAAUCGCGCCUUCUGAGCUCCGCGCGCCCAAGGGCAACCGGCGAGUGACCCGGAGGCUGGAGAGGGCGGGCGGAAGAGGGACGCAGCUGAGGGCAAAGGAGGUGAGGGCCCAGGAGAGGAGCGGGUGGGGGCGCGAAAGGCACCGCGAGGGCAGAGGGCGGUCUGAGGCGCCCGCAGCGAGGCGUAAGUGGCCUCCGCUGGGCCGAGCGCGCACCAGCCCCGCAGCCCCUCCAGACCCCGGCACCCCGCUGGCCCACGCAGUCCCUUCUCCCGCGGAGCACGGCCCCAUUCCUGGGCGCUGGCCGCCCCCUCCUCCCUCCCUGCGCCGCCCCUCCUCCGUCCCGCCCCCCGCGCGGAGUUAGGAGCGCCGCCGCAGUGGCCGCACCCGGCACCGCCGGGUCCCGGAGCCACCGCUCUGCCCACUCGCCCGGGAACUCUCAGAGCGGCGCGCGGCCCGGGGCCCCGCUCUUCCGUUCAGCGCUCAGCCGGCUCCAGGGUCCCCGGCCGCCCGGCCUGGCAGCUCCGUGCUCGGGCAGCCGGCUCCGCGUCCCAAGAACUUGGAAAAGACCCCGACGGAUUGGCGCGCGGGGCUGGACCCAGAGCCCUGCAGCAAUGCCCACUGUCCCCCUCCCUGCCCGCCGCUCGUCCUGCGCCCCGGCCCGGCCCCCGACGGCUGCGCGUUGAGAUGACUUUCCGCGACCUCCUCAGCGUCACUUUCGAGGGACCCCGCCCGGACGGCAGCGCCGGGGGCUCCGGGGCUGGCGGCGGCGGGAGCGGCGCGGGCGGCACGGCGGCCUCGGAGGGCCCAGCGGUGGGCGGUGUGCCAGGGGCCGCAGGCGGCGGCGGUGGCGGCGUGGUGGGCGCGGGCGGCAGUGAGGACAACCGGAGCUCGGCCGGGGAACCCGGGGCCGCGGGCGCGGGAGGCGAGGUGAACGGCACGGCGGCCGUCGGGGGGCUGGUGGUGAGCGCGCAGGGCGUGGGCGUGGGCGUGUUUCUGGCAGCCUUCAUCCUCACUGCCGUGGCGGGCAAUCUGCUUGUCAUCCUCUCGGUGGCCUGCAACCGCCACCUGCAGACGGUCACCAACUAUUUCAUUGUGAACCUGGCCGUGGCCGACCUGCUGUUGAGCACCACCGUGCUGCCGUUCUCUGCCACCAUGGAGGUCCUGGGCUUCUGGGCCUUCGGUCGGGCCUUCUGCGACGUGUGGGCAGCCGUGGACGUGCUGUGCUGCACCGCCUCCAUCCUCAGCCUGUGCACCAUCUCCGUGGACCGGUACGUGGGCGUUCGCCACUCGCUCAAGUACCCGGCCAUCAUGACUGAGCGCAAGGCGGCCGCCAUCCUGGCGCUGCUCUGGGCCGUGGCCCUCGUGGUGUCGGUGGGGCCGCUGCUGGGCUGGAAGGAGCCCGUGCCCCUGGAUGAGCGUUUCUGUGGCAUCACGGAGGAGGCCGGCUACGCUGUCUUCUCUUCGCUGUGCUCCUUCUACCUUCCCAUGGCGGUCAUCGUGGUCAUGUACUGCCGCGUGUACAUAGUAGCGCGCAGCACCACGCGCAGCCUGGAGGCCGGCAUCAAACGCGAGCGGGGCAAGGCCUCGGAGGUGGUGCUGCGCAUCCACUGUCGCGGGGCAGCCACCGGUGCCGACGGGGCGCACAGCGGAACUCGGAGCACCAAGGGCCACACCUUCCGCAGCUCGCUCUCAGUGCGCCUCCUCAAGUUCUCCCGCGAGAAGAAGGCUGCCAAGACGCUGGCCAUCGUCGUGGGCGUCUUCGUGCUCUGCUGGUUCCCCUUCUUCUUCGUCCUGCCGCUUGGCUCUCUGUUCCCGCAGCUGAAGCCGUCCGAAGGUGUGUUCAAGGUUAUCUUCUGGCUCGGCUACUUCAACAGCUGCGUGAACCCUCUCAUCUACCCUUGCUCCAGCCGCGAGUUCAAACGCGCUUUCCUCCGCCUCCUGCGCUGCCAGUGUCGCCGCCGCCGCCGCCGCCGCCCUCUCUGGCGCGUCUACGGCCACUACUGGCGAGCCUCGACCAGCGGCCCGCAUCCCGACUGCGCCCCCAGCCCGGGCGCCGCGCCCCCAGGGGCCCCGCUGGCCCUCAUCGCGCCCUCUGCCCCCGGCACGCCAGAGGUCCAGGCUGCGGUCUCCAGCCAUCGAAAGCCGCCCAGCACUUUCCGCGAGUGGCGGCUGCUUGGGCCCCUCCGGAGACCCACGACCCAGCUGCGUGCCAAGGUCUCCAGCCUGUCGCACAAGAUCCGCUCCGGGGGCGCGCAGCGCCCAGAGGCCCUGCGCACUGAAGUGGAGGCCGUGUCUCUCGGAGUCCCCCAGGAUUUGGCAGAGGGCGCCACCUGCCAGGCUUAUGAAGAAGCUGACUACACUAACCUCCGGGAGACUGAUAUUUAAGAACGCCGGAGCUAGGCUGGGGAGUG